AUCCUGGUACUCGGGGUCGCCGUCUAGGGACAGUUCCUCAGGAUGAAUCUCUAGUGUGUCUGUAUAUCCUACUGAAGUGUUGCUCUGGAGAAGCCUGGCUGAUACAUUGUGCAAACAUCUUUGAAGCCCGCCUGGUAUGGCCCCAGGACUUAAGAAGACAGCGUCCCCCUCUAAUUACAGGCAAGAAAACGGGUGAUUACGAAGCAGGGUGACACCGUCUUGGAAUCAUGCCUCUAGACCAUGCAUAUGCUGUUCCAUCUGCUCCAGCUAUCACCCUCCAUUGUCAGCCUCUGUGAUGCGGACCCCGGGACCAAACGGAGGCCCUUUUUAGUCUGCUCCGGGGGAGUUUUCUAUACAUCACUUAACCACAUAGUAUCACAGCUCGUUGGGUUGGCUCUGCAUUUUCCUUCCCCACCAGACCGCAAGCUUCAGGUGUGGUAUAUUUGAUUCAGCUUAUGGCCAGCGCCACAGAAGGGGCCCGAGUGCACAGCUCACACGAACAGAGUAAACCAGAGCAAGAAUGAACGUGCCACUUAGUCUGGCAGGCUUGCAAGGUGCUUCUCCAAGCUGCUUUUACUUUCUGUGCCUACGCAGCUCCCGUGCAUUGCGCGGGAGAGGUCAGCAGUUUGGGGGCCUGUAGGGAACGCAAUGGGAGGAGAGUGUGAGAUGGAGCCUCCCCUACCCCCCACCGGGGGCUACCCACGUCCCAGGAGCUGUAAGGCGCAGGACAGCCUCUUAACCUCCCGGAAGCCGCUCCGCCGGCCUCGCCCCGCCCCGCCCGGGAGGUGGGCGUGUCCCUCAUGAAUAAUGCAUCGCCGCGGGGGAGGGGCCGGGCCCGCCCCCUCGGGCGGGAAGGGGGAAGCGCUGAGGCUGCCUGACUGGAAUGAGGGUAGCUGCGGCGGCGGGAGCGGGGCCGGCCAUGGCGGUGUGGACGCGGGCCACUAAAGCGGGGCUGGUGGAGCUGCUCCUGAGGGAGCGCUGGGUCCGAGUGGUGGCCGAGCUGAGCGGGGAGAGCCUGAGCCUGACCGGUGACGCCGCGGGAGCCGACCCCGAGCCCGCUCUGGGGCCGGCAGCGGCCGCCUUCAACGGCCUCCCGAACGGCGGCGGCGCCGGCGACUCGCUGCCUGGGAGCCCGAGCCGCGGCCUGGGGUCCCCGAGCCCGCCGGCGCCGCCGCGGAGCCCCGCGGGCGAGGCGGGCGCGUCGCCGCCCGUGCGCCGGGUGCGGGUGGUGAAGCAGGAGGCGGGCGGCCUGGGCAUCAGCAUCAAGGGCGGCCGCGAGAACCGGAUGCCGAUCCUCAUCUCCAAGAUCUUCCCGGGGCUGGCGGCCGACCAGAGCCGGGCUCUGCGGCUGGGCGACGCCAUCCUGUCGGUGAACGGCACGGACCUGCGCCAGGCCACCCACGACCAGGCCGUGCAGGCGCUGAAGCGCGCGGGCAAGGAGGUGCUGCUGGAGGUCAAGUUCAUCCGAGAAGUCACACCAUAUAUCAAGAAGCCAUCGUUAGUAUCAGAUCUGCCCUGGGAAGGUGCAGCUCCCCAGUCACCAAGCUUUAGUGGCAGCGAGGACUCUGGUUCUCCAAAACACCAAAACAGCACUAAGGACAGAAAAGUCAUCCCUCUCAAAAUGUGCUUUGCUGCUAGAAACCUAAGCAUGCCGGAUCUGGAGAACAGAUUGAUAGAGCUACAUUCUCCUGAUAGCAGGAACACGUUGAUCCUACGCUGCAAAGACACAGCCACAGCACACUCCUGGUUCGUAGCUAUCCACACCAACAUAAUGGCUCUCCUCCCACAGGUGUUGGCUGAACUCAAUACCAUGCUUGGUGCAACCAGUACAGCAGGAGGCAGCAAGGAGGUCAAGCACAUUGCCUGGCUGGCAGAGCAGGCAAAACUAGAUGGUGGAAGACAACAAUGGAGACCCAUCCUCAUGGCUGUGACCGAGAAGGACCUACUACUUUAUGACUGUAUGCCGUGGACAAGAGAUGCCUGGGCAUCACCAUGUCAUAGCUACCCUCUGGUUGCUACAAGAAGGCAGAGGGUGAUCACUGAGAGAGAGCAGAAGAUGGAGCCAGACCAGGAGGUGUCCUGCAGCCGGAGGCAAGGCAGAAGGUUGGUUCACUCUGGCUCUGGAUGUCGGUCCCCCUCACUUGGAUCUGACCUUACAUUUGCUACCAGGACAGGCUCUCGACAGGGCAUUGAGAUGCAUCUCUUCAGAGUGGAGACACACCGGGAUCUGUCCACCUGGACCAGGACACUUGUCCAGGGUUGUCACGCUGCGGCUGAGCUGAUCAAGGAGGUCUCUCUAGGUUGCACAUUAAAUGGCCAAGAGGUAAGAUUCACUGUCCACUAUGAAAAUGGGUUCACUAUCUCCAGGGAAGAUGCAGGCGCCAGCAGCAUACUAUACCGCUACCCCUUUGAGAGGCUGAAAAUGUCUGCUGAUGACGGCAUCAGGAAUCUGUAUCUGGAUUUCGGUGGCCCUGAGGGAGAACUGACCAUGGACCUGCACUCCUGUCCAAAGCCGAUUGUAUUCGUGUUGCAUACCUUCUUGUCGGCCAAAGUCACCCGCAUGGGACUGCUUGUAUGAGCAGCAAAAAAAUCAGAAAAGAGCCUUGACUGUCAAAAGAAGUAUUCUCACCUCAAAAAAGAAAAAAAAAAAGCACAAAAAGAAAGCUCUUUGCUCUCCCCUCCAGCACAGUGCCUUCCCAUGGACCUGCAAAUCGCUGCUGAACCAUACUUCUCACAACCUACCUUGGCCAGGUGACCCUGAUGAGCUCCAGAACGAAGCUGUUGGUCCACUGUCUUGCGGCUGCUGUGUGAUUAGGCUUGUUGCUCCUGUUGAAAAGAGUGGCUGUUGUUUUUCUUGUCAGGCACCAUCAAGUAGCCAAGAGCUGUUUCCUUUUUCUGCUUCCUAUAGGACCUCUUGUGGGCUUAGCCGUGAGCUCUUGGUGAGGACAAACUCUCCCUUCCUAGGUGCUAGUGCGCAGCGGCCCGUUGCCUCUCGGUCAUUCCAGAUAGGCCACAGGGUUCGCGGGAGUUCACUCUCCUCACCUGCUCCCUCCACCAAGGACGUCCUUGAGUCGCUUCCCCAAAGGGGUCUUCAUCUGUCCUGGCUCUCACUUCAUCCCACCCUGGCCAUCACUUCCCACCUCCUCACCAGCUUUGCUGCUCGCACGUGCUAACAUUAGGACUUACAUUUUGCAAAAUUUGAUUUGCCUUGCCUUCCACUCCUUUCUAGUGGUGACCAAGUUGAAAAGCAAGUUGGAAACUACUGCUUUAGAAGAAAAGUUUAGCUUGAUUUAGGUUUUUCUGAUUUUAUCUUUGGUAGGAGCCAGGGUAUCUUCCACGAUUUAUUUUAAAGAAAUCCUCAUUUUCGGCUAAGCCAUUUCUUAUUGCUGACCACAUGUGCCUUUGGGUAGGGUGAGUGGAGCUUUAUUAGUUACUCUUUCAGUAACUGGGUAUCACUGCCAUUCCAGGGAGACCCUCCCUUCUAGGUUGGAGAAACAGUCUUCGGGGUGGCAUUCCUUACUGGUGGGGAAGAGCCAGCUUGCUUGAAGAGCAGGCGUGGUGGGUGAAGCCAAAUCCCAGCGCGGGGCAUCACGGCGAGAUGUUCUGAGCCCAGGCGGCACCCUGGCCCUGGCCCUGCCUGCGGCAGCAGAGUGGCGCAGACAGAAGGCUGCUGACUCAAGACCCCCUGUUGGCUUCUCUCUGGAUGAUCCACCUGCACUUUGCGAAGCUGUACCAGAUGCGACUGUUAGGGGGCAGCAGCAAUACAAUUGCUGAUUCUGUGGUAUUGGACAAUCACAUGAGGCUAGUUUUCCUAAUUUUGAAGACGGUAUGUAUCUGAAGAAAUUUAAAAUAGUGUAGUAUCUGUAUAAAAUUUCAAGAUUAGCACAAGUCCCUAGAUCUGAAAGGAAAGAUACUUUUGACUUGAAUGCUCUCUCUGCCCUCUGAAGAAAGCUCUAGGAAUUAUUGCUGUUUACUUGAUCUAUCAGGGAUGUCAUAAGAUGAUGUGAGUACUGUUAGGGAGCAGAUGUGAGUGGCACCCCAGUUGGGGUGGGGGCUGAGAAGAUGUAGCUGUGUACACUAAACCUGAGCUGUUUGGGUUGUGUGCAGACUGACAGGUGGGACGUGGGAGAGAGCAGACUCAGGAGCAGAGAGUUCUCUAUCCGAUGUCGGGGAGAGAUGUGUGUUCUUCCCCGAGCUUCAGAUAAUUGUUAAAGCUCCAAUGAUGAAUUAUCUAGUUCACUUCAAAACUAGACGUUAAAAUCUAGACAAAAAUUUGCCUUUUAAGAACUUUUUUGAUUUGAAAAUUCAUAAACCUAAGAUGGGUUCCAUAUGAGACAAUUUGCAAUUAAAGGAAGGAGAAAAUGUCUCGAAGGUCCAGCUAUGAUAUCUGGAAGCAGAAUUUCAACAAAUGAUGCUGUCAGAUAAGCCAGCUUGGACACUCCUUGCAGUGAGAGUAUCGUUAAUAAGAGGAGUCGGACAGUCCGUCCAGACUUCGGCAGCAGAGCCACUUGGCUGAGGCUUUCUGUGCUCAGGAGAAAGGCUAACGCACUGGGACUUGCAGGGGAAUCCUGAGCCGCCGCUCACUGGUGAGGUGGAGUCUGGAAGCCAGGUGUGGUUAAGCGCUGGGCCGGAGGGGCAGGGCGUAUAUGCUUCAGCUCGUUUUGCUGAGGUCCAGAGGUUUGUAAUAACCUUUUGAGUCCUGGGAAAUGGAAGUGUAUGGGAGGUCUCUGUCCACUAGCAGCCCCAAGAGCAAGAGCCCAGCAGCUGCUUGCCUGCAUCUGUGAACUGCUCUCCAGUCGAGGUGGCCAAGAUUGUUCUUCAACUAGGUGUGGGGGGGGGGGGGAUUUUCAAGCCACAGACGAAGUGCUUUUUAGGAAUGGGACACCUUGAUAAAUGUGUAUUUUGUAUUUCCCUGCCACAACAUGGCAUAUUAUUUUCAAUAUAAUUUUCAAACGACAAGUAAAAAUGAUCAUUUUUAUAUUUCACCUCUUUUAUAGAAGCAGGUAACUUUUCAUUUCUUUUUCAUCUUGAUUUAGGAGAAUUGUCAGGGCCUUUCGGGCUCCUGUGUGUCCAGUGGAGAGGAGGCUGCAGAGUGUGACGCCUGCAGGCAGACCACCUGCUGCCCCUCCCUCCAGACCAGGUGCUCGGCUGCUUCUCAUACCACACAGGCGACACCAACUGGUGUCUGAAAGGCUUCCUCCUCUUUCCUGGCCAUUCUCUCCCCAUAAAAAAAGAAAAGAAAAGGCACAAAGUUUUCUUUCUCUGCAAAAGACAGAUCCGUUCCUGAAGUCAUCAAACAAACCUUGUCUGAAAUUGACACAAGUUGAGAAUCCCUUACCUGAAUGCUUAGAACCAGAAGUGUUCCAGAUCCUGGGAGUGUUCCAGAUUGUGGAGUACUCAUAUAGACUUCUCCAGCUGGGUGUUCCUAAUUCAAAAUCCAGCAUGCUGAUACAAAUGUUGGAUUCCAGAGCAUUUCAGAUUAGAGGUGCCCAGUCUAAACCUGUUCUCUUAUAGGAAGCAGUUCUUCAGUGGGUGUCUACACAGUGCUUAUUGGGUAGUUGUGACUGUAAACUCGCCUGCGUAGUAGACAGAGUUUCAGGUUAAAUAUUGAGACAUGCACAGGCAAUCAGAAAUGUUACUUUAAAUGUCACCCACCUCUUUGAAAGCCCUGUUUUAGCACUUUUUUAGGCUGGGGAAAGUCUGAUAGGGCCUGCGUUCCGCAUCUGUACUCUCACUACAAAUUCCCUCACUAAAAAAUAUUGCAUGGCAGGGGAGAUUUAAGUAUUUAUUUCUUUUUUUACCCAUAGAAAAUCGUUCAACCCAUAAAUGGCUAACAUUGUUACUUAACAAUGUUUUCUUAACUUCUCCUAAGCAGAAUGGUAACACAGCUUUCUUCAGUUGAUUAAAUGCACUUAGCUGAUAAACCAAAAUUUAUUCUUAAAAAAAAAAAAUUACGCCGUGUGGAAUCCGGACAAGAUUAUGUUUCUCCCGGAAACAGGUUUCACUAUAAAUGGUUUAAUGGACAAGAGGUAUAAGGUAAAGGUUGCAUUUUUAAAAAUUCUUUGAGAAACUCUAGGUCCUCUUGUUUAAUUUAUAUGCAUGUGGGCAUAUUUGUUUUCAAAACCACGGAAAAGUCUGUCCGUAUUUUUAAUGCAAAUUACUUUGUAAGCUGCUAUGCAAAUUCUCUUCCCUGCCUAGUUUAAGAGUUAAACGUUGCUGAAACUUUCAGGGAAGACCUGUAGACUCAAGCACUUUGCUCUUUUGUAUUCUUAUCUUGGACACUUGCUUUGGAUUACGCUUCUAUUAUUUUCACUGGUUAUAAGCUAUUGAUUGUACAUAGUAUCUCAGCUCUCCAAAUACCCAGCAUUUCCACGUGGCCACUGUCCACAGCUGGUGCGUGAAUGGAAUGGCUGGUAGGAAAGCCAAAGCUCUUCUCAGUCCCUAAUGAAGAAAUCAAAUGCCAGGUCUCGCUGGUCUCAAAGCAGAUGGCUGUGGCCAGAUCUGAAUGUCUAUGUAAUGAAGAGAGACUUACUUACAUUUGGGACUUUAUCUGAACUUUAAGUUUAAUUAGGCUAUGGUCAUAUUCAUUCUUUUUAUGCACCUUUAUCAGGUAUGACAUUUUAUGCCAGGUAGUAUUAGUUACUCUACUUUGAAUUUAGAAAUCUCUCUCAGUUAGAUCUCAGUUGUGGCUUUUCUUUUUCGUGUUGAAGGUGAAAGUAGAGGAAUCUGCCAUCUCCCGUGUGCUGUCUCUGUGCCCUUAUUUUGACUGCUUGGUGGUAGAGUUUUGUUUCUUUUGUUUGUUUGUUUGUUUUGUUUUUACUUUAGAAACCAAUAGCAGCAGUCGCCCUCCUUCCUCAGCUCUGUCUUGUGCUGUGUCGGGUGCAUUGACACUCCAUGGAUGUGUGAUGACAGACACCCCCUAAGAUCAUUAUGCUGUGUAUCGGGAUCAUGUAUUUUUGAGCAGCAUAGUUAUUCCUGUGCUAUAAUGACAUCAAGUUGAGUUUAUUUUACACGAGGAGUAGACUGCCUAAGUGACUAGCUGAAACCCUUUUUCUGAAAACCAGAAACAUCUGGCAGAUUGAUGACACCAGUUCAUUCUGCUGUUAAAGGACAGAAUUUCAAGUUAGGGAGAAGGUGCAAUACAUAGGCACGUAGUGCAUCUGUUUUCCUGUCUUGUUUUUGACACUAGCUAAACUGCCACCUAGAAGAAUGGUUACGUACCACAAAAGAACAUUUCCACAAGAUUACUUCUUUUGCUUCAAGACAUAACAUUUGAGCUCAAUUUCUUACCACCUGUAUUCUUCCUUUCCAGUUGAACUGGUGACUGAACCAAAGCACAUUCCAGUUUUGUAAGUGAAUCCACAUACAAUGUAAGGCAUAACUCUGCCCUUUACAAAGCAUUACUUGCUCUCCAGUACACAUUUGAUUACAUUCAACAAAAAUCUACCAUAUGAAUUGUAACCCUUGGCUUGUCCUUUUAAAAUAAGAUUGGUUAAAACCAAAAACCGUCAAUAGAGGAAUGAUACUUCAUUGUAGUGUGAGAUUGGGAGUCUUGGUUGGGUCUCUGAUUUCUGAAUACUGGAACGUCUUGUCUAGUUCCACAGUCUUUUUCCCUCCUGUGCUUGACUCGGCAUAUUCUAGUUUUCUAGUCCUCCUUCAUCCCAGUCACUGUACACCCAGGAGCCUGAUGACUCACUCCUUCUACACAGGGUCCUCUUUGAGGGCUUGGAGACAUUAAAACUGCACAGCCAAUUAAUACCAUUAAUAAUAUACAUCUUUCAUCUAAUAAGCACUUACUGAACAAUAUAUCCUGAAGGGUCGAAAAGAAGGUUCCCGCCUCCAGGUAGCACAGGACCCAUUAUUUCCCAACCACACCAUGCAUGGUACGUCCAUUCAGUGGGGACAUACUUAAUCACUGGGUAUUUUUACCCGAGUGUAUCUACAGUUCUUCUCUGGAUCUGGAAAACUAGAAAAUGUUUCAAGAGAUCCUCAGGCUUUGAUCCAUGCCAACAGGAAGCCAUUCCAACCACAUGGACGUAGAUUGGUCCUUUUCAUUAUACAGGAUGUUUUUUUUCUUUAAGUGCAAAAGUAAAUUCAGUUUGGAAAAGAAAAGAGUAUCCUUAGUAAAAUAAAUCACAACAAUAAAAAGUAGGCUCUAUUGUCCAAAGUGGAUCAAUGAGAAAGUCUUUUUUAAACUAAAACAGCAAAACUAAAUAUGUUUCAUCACACUCCCCCCGCCCCCAUUUCUCCAUUUUGCCAACUCAUUUCCCCACUUACAUGUAAGCAUCUCAUUUGUUCAGGUGGAGACUUUCUCCAUUAUCGAAAGAUCAAAAUGAAGAUAUUUAAAACUUAACAAAAUUCUUUUGUUCUAGAACACUGGCACUCAAACUCAGUGAAAAUGGCACCUGAAGAAAAUGAGGGCACGAUUUCAUUUUCUGUAAUUUUCACACAGCGCCAGCCCCUUUCUGCCCAGCUUGUCCUCCAUUCAUCGCAAGGGUCAGGUUCUCAGGCAACAUCCUGAGUCAUGCCCGGAGCCGCCUGAGCCGCCUGAGCCGCCUGUGACUGGGACGGCGUGAGGAAGGAAGGUCACGCCGUCACACGGGCUCCUUUCCCUUUGUCUUCAAGCUUCCUGGUGUUGGGCACAAACACUAGGCCAUGCCUCAGGGUCUUGGUCGUGGUCUGGUCUUUACACCUACCCUUUGACAACCAGGUGCUAAUGAUUGUGUAUUAAUGAAACCAGCCCUUAACGUAGUGUCACGUGAGUGUCUCUGCUGUGGUUGCAAGGAGCCUUUCCUUCCAUUUUGGUCAUGUCCAAGUGGGUGUCAGUUACUUCUCCUCCCCUGUGCUUUGUGAAUUAAUAGAACGAGUUUCAGGUUUGCACGGUCCUCAGCGCAAAUCUGCUGUAUCGUAGGAGCCGGUUUCAGACCUCUUCCUCCAGCGCAGGGCCCUGUUCUGUGUUUACAGUCUGUCAGACGAGUUCAGUGUUACAGGUCCUUGGUGCCCAAAGAACUUGUUUCCUGUUUGGUACCAGACCCAAGGUCUCUGAGAAGACAGUGUGGGAAACCACUACCUAAGAGGCCCACGUUGGCUUACCUGUGCACACCCUGGUAAUACCCACCUGUAUGUGUUCUUUCCCACUCUGCUUUCAUAUGUGUGAUGUAUGAGGACUUAGAAAGCUGGAAUAAUACUCCUGCAAAUAAUUAAAGUUUCGAACCUGGUUUUUUUCUUUCUUUUCUUUAAAGAAUCUUGAUUUUAAACAAGACUUCUCUUUAAAUCUUAUUUAAAAUUUAAGUCUCAGAUCUGUCUUCUGGCUACCAAAUCAAAAACCCAUGGCAUAAAACAGGGCAGUAUUUCUGUUCUUAAUUUUUUAAAAAAGCUUUAUGUAUACUCUAUAAAUAUAGACGCAUAGACAACACUUCCCCUUGAGUUGCACAUCCACAUAUAGCAUUGUACAUUACAAUGAAACUUUGUAACUUAAGGGUACUAUAUAUAUAAAUGCACAUAUACCUUUGUAACCUUUAUACUGUAAAUAAAAAAUUGCUUUUAGACUUGUA